UAUCAACUUAGCAUUGAAAAUUUUGUAUGAAAUUAUCGGACAAAUAAUAUAUUGCAUAGUUGUCCAACUAAACUUAUUACAACCAUUCGAAAACUGUGCAUUGUACUUUUUUUUUAAAAUAAAAUAGCAAAAUUAACUGGUCGUUGUCAUGUCUAUGUCAAAGACAACAAACACAUAUAACCGGCAGAAUUGGGAGGACGCCGAGUUUCCAAUACUCUGCCAGACGUGCCUGGGCGAUAAUCCGUACGUGCGCAUGAUCAAGGAGCGUUUUGGAAAGGAAUGCAAAAUCUGCACGCGUCCUUUUACCAUAUUCCGUUGGUGCCCCGGUGCACGAAUGCGCUUUAAGAAAACGGAAGUCUGCCAGACGUGUGCCCGGUUGAAAAACGUGUGUCAGACAUGCUUACUCGAUUUGGAGUACGGUCUGCCCAUCCAAGUGCGCGAUGCUGCACUCAAAGUGGCAGACAAUAUGCCACAGAGUGAUGUCAACAAGGAGUACUACAUACAGAACAUUGAUGCCCAGCUCCAGGACGGGGAUGGCACUGAAGCAGCUGGCACUGUGGGUCGCUCACUGGCGGCAAACGAAAUGUUAUCCAAAUUGGCACGCACAGCGCCAUAUUAUAAAAGGAAUAGGCCGCACAUCUGUUCUUUCUGGGUGAAGGGCGAGUGCAAACGAGGCGAGGAGUGUCCCUAUCGGCAUGACAAACCUAACGAGCCUGAUGAUCCGCUGUGCGAGCAGAACAUCAAAGACCGCUACUACGGUCGCAACGAUCCUGUUGCCGAAAAGAUAAUGAAGCGUGCCGCCUCAUUGCCCACACUGGAGCCGCCGGAGGACCGGAAUAUAACAACACUGUAUGUCGGAAAUUUACCUGAAGAAAUCACCGAACCGGAAAUACGUGAUCAAUUCUAUCAGUACGGCGAAAUACGUUCCAUUGCCCUGGUGCCACGUCAGCAGUGCUCUUUUGUCCAAUACACCAAGCGGAGCGCCGCUGAAUUAGCUGCCGAGCGCACCUUCAACAAACUGGUAAUUCAGGGUCGGAAGGUGAGCAUAAAGUGGGCACACUCUCAGGCAAAACAGGGCACCGCCGCCAAGACAGAUCGACGUUUCGAUGUUGCCGGUGUACCACCACCGAGUGCUAAGCCAAACGACUACUUUAAUUUGCGGCAGGAGCAAAUCAACGUCAUGCCCGCUGGCAUGAAACUCCAUCAGUUGCCCUCUAAUCUGGUUCCAGCUUCCGCCUACCAGAUGUACUCCCAGCCCACUUUUGCGGCGCCCUACAGUGGACUGGCCAGCAGCACUAGUAGUGGCGCAGCCUCGGUCUUAAGUACCACAUCCACAAGUACCUCUGGUGUGAAUCUCGAUUCGAUUCCACCGCCGCCUGGACAGAUGCCUUACCCCAGUCAGGAUGCUAGUCGCAUGGGCGCCAUAAAAAAAUAAUAUACAUUUUUUACCACUAUAACAUAUAGCUCUUGCUACUUAUAUAAAAACACAAAUAAAAGGACAUCUUUAACAAAAAA